GAGGUGACGUCAUUAGGCGGAGAAGUUCAGUGUCUGGGAAAGCAGGAAGGAGCGGACCGGGGACCGGCGGCGCUGAGCGGUAAACAAACGUCUUGUGGUCGCCGGAGGAGCUGCCUGUGCCAUGGGGGGAGUCCUGGGGAUCUGUUCUGUCGCCAGUUGGAUACCGUGCCUGUGUAGCAGUGCCACGUGUAUACUAUGCCGCUGCUGUCCCAACACCAGCAACUCUACCGUCACCCGUCUCAUCUAUGCCUUCAUCAUGUUACUGGGGACGCUGCUCUCCAUCGUAAUGCUGUCUCCAGGGAUAUCCGACCAGUUAAAGAAGGUUCCAGGGUUUUGUGAAGGAGGAUUUGGCACACAGCUUCCCCAUGUGAACGGAUACGUGAACUGUAAUGUGCUGGUUGGGUACAAGGCCGUCUAUCGGGUCAGCUUUGCCAUGUCCAUAUUCUUCCUAGUCUUUUCCUUGCUGAUGAUCGCAGUAAAGACGAGCAAAGACCCCCGGGCUGCUGUACAUAAUGGGUUUUGGUUCUUUAAGAUAUUGGCCAUUGUCGGUAUUAUGGUGGGAGCUUUCUACAUUCCAGAAGGACCUUUCACAAGAACAUGGUGGUGGAUUGGACUUUUGGGGGCUGGCUGCUUUAUCGUCAUCCAGCUGGUUCUGCUCAUUGACUUUGCUCAUUCAGUGAACGAGGUGUGGGUGGAGCGCAUGGAGGAAGGGAAUUCGAAAUGCUGGUAUGCAGUUCUGCUGAUUGUGACCAGCCUUCUGUACAUCUUGUCGCUUGUCAGCGUCGUCCUUUUCUAUGUGUUCUACACCAUACCUGGCGGAUGCAAUGAGAACAAGUUCUUCAUCAGUUUCAACAUGAUUCUGUGUGUGAUAAUAUCCAUCAUCUCCAUUCUCCCCAGAGUACAGGAAUAUCAGCCACGAUCUGGCCUCCUUCAGUCCUCCAUGAUUACAUUGUAUACCUUGUACCUGACCUGGUCUGCUAUGUCAAAUGAGCCAGAUCGUACCUGUAACCCAAGCUUGAUAAGCAUCCUGAACCAGUUCACUUCUCCAACAAUUAGUCCUGCCAAUGUGUCCGCCUUGCCGCAUAUUCCCACACCUGAGCCGCCCAAGUCUCUGCAGUGGUGGGACACGCAGAGCAUCAUCGGUCUUGUUAUGUUUGUGCUGUGUCUCCUGUAUUCCAGUAUUCGCAACUCCAGCAGCAGCCAAGUGAGGAAGCUGACCCUUUCUGGCCAUGACACCGCAAUGCUGGAUGACACAGCUGGCGGAGAUGCUGCGGAAGGCGAGGUUCGGCGUGUUGUGGAUAAUGAGCAGGACGCCGUCCAGUACAGUUAUUCCUUCUUCCAUUUCAUGCUGUGCCUUGCUUCCUUGUAUGUUAUGAUGACCCUAACCAACUGGUACAGCCCGGAUGCUGACUUGAACACCAUAACGAGCAAGUGGCCCGCUGUCUGGGUGAAGAUGGCAUCCAGCUGGUUUUGUCUGCUCCUCUAUACCUGGACGCUCAUAGCUCCCUGUGUCCUUCCCAACAGGGACUUCAAUUAGAUGCUUCUGAUCCCCCGUCUUUUUGGUAAUAUCUCCAGUUCCAAAGUUCUGCUUAGACAAUUCCAUGAGCCUUUUACUGCUUUUCCUGACAAAUCCUUUUAAUUUGAAGCUUUAAAAUGUGUAUGCUGCUGCUUUCUAAUCUGCUUCAGUUGAGUUGAUGCUUUUGUAUCAAGGAGCAGUUAAAUUUACCUUCAUGUCAGUAAUAUAUUUGGCUAAAUGUCCUAUAUAAAUAAAUAUGUAUUCUUUAUUUUUCAGGUUUUUAUGUGCAGAUUUUCUUUGUAUUCAGUAUUUAAUAGGUUUAUAUGUUGUGAUGCAGAGCAUCGCAGACCUUUCUGUCACUGGACACUUCCCAGCUGCCUCGCAAGGUCCAUCUGACCCAUGUUGUUAUAGGGGUGAGUUCACUUGUGGCAGUCAAACUGCAGCUUUUGCAAAACCAUGCUAUGCCAGAAACUGCAACAUGACCAAUGUGUAGCAUUGUCCAAAAGGAGUCCUGUGUAGCCGUAUGUUUAAAGGGGUUAUCUGGGAUUUUUAUAUUUAUGUCCUAUCCUAAGGAUAGGACAUCAGUAUGUACUCUAUGGUGGGGGGUCUGACUUCCAGAACCUUCACCAAUCAGUUGUUUGAGGAGCCAGAGCUAUGGCGAGUGCCGCGACCUUCUAUGCAGCUCACCAAGCACAGCGCCAUACAUCGUAUUGUGGUUUGUGUUUGGUACUGCAGCUCAUUCACUUGAAUAGGACUGAGCUGUGCCUAUACGACGUGACUGCUGUACAGUCACUGUGGCCUCUUUAAACAGCUGAUCGGCGGGGCUCCUGGGUGUAAGCUUUCCGCCUCAGGAUAGGUCAUCCAUAUGAAAUUCCCAGACACCUGCUUUAAGAUUGUGUCUUAUAGGUUGCGGAUCUUGGGCAGUAUUCACACAGCCGUAUAUAUCCCGUUUUUGGCAGGGAAUAUAUGUAUUUCACUGGGACCAUAAAUAUGGCCAUGUAUCGGCAGCCAAACGCUAGUUUCAGGCAUUGGCAAUACAGUUGCAAGACCCCACCACCAUGGUUCUAUGGAACCAAAGUUAGAUUACUAUAGGAUUCUAUGGUGAUCCAAGUUGGGUUCAGUACAACCAUGCAGUGUUACUGCCUUCAUCCUGCUUACAAGACGGGGGCAAAUGAUCAUCAGGCCAGAAAGAUCUAGGUUAUUGAGCUCCAUCAAUUCUUACCGCUCUACCCUUGACUUUCCAGACCCCAGGAUCUUUCCUCCUCCAGUUAAUUGAGCCUUUCUGGUCUGAAGGUUCUCUGCUACUGUCUAGAAAAUAUUAUCAAGUGUGCACAUGGCCUAGUGAGGUAACAAUA